AUGGUCCUCUCCUACGAGGGUGGCACAGGAACCCACUGGGCCAGAGGUUGGUCCUGGACCCCUCUGCAUGGGAAGACCUGCCCACCCUUCCAGGGCCCAUGGAGGUCCAGUCUCAGCCAUCCAAGGACAGUCCCUUUCCUACCACUUCCCUCUGUGCUGCUUUGGGGUGCCCUCCUGUGGGCUGGUUCCCUCCCUGAUCUGGCCUGGGGGGCAGGGACCUUCACCCUGGGGGUGCUGGGUCCCUUGGACUGUGACCACAUCUUUGCCCAGGCCCUCCCCAGUGUGGCUGCCCAGCUGGCUGUGGACCGAGUCAACAAGGACUCCUCAAUGGUGCUGGGCUCACGGCUGGCUUCCAUGGUCCUUCCCACGGGUUGUGACACCCCUAGUGCCCUGGCCACAUUCCUGGCCCACAAGAACACUGUAGCUGCUUUUGUGGGCCCUGUCAAUCCUAGUUACUGCCCAGCAGCAGCCCUACUGGCCCAAGGCUGGGGCAAGACCCUCUUCUCCUGGGCAUGUGGGGCUCCAGAGUGAGGAGGUGAGCUGGUGCCCACCUUGCCUUUGGCUGCCCAUGUGCUGCUGUCCAUCAUGAGACACUUUGGCUGGGAUCACGUGGCCAUCGUGUCCUCCUACCAGGACAUCUGAUUGGCUACAGCCCAACAGGUGGCCAUGACUCUCAGGACACAUGGACUGCCUGUGGGGUUGGUGAUUUCUCUGGAACCCGGAGAGCAGGGGGCCAUGGAGGUCCUGAAGCAGCUCUGCAGCGUGGAUGGCCUGAAAAUCUUGGUGCUGUGCAUGCACUCGGCGCUCCUAGGGGCCUCCGAGCAGACCAAUCUGCUGAGCCGGGCACAGGCCCAGGGCCUGGUAGAUGGGAGGCUGGUCUUCCUGCCCUACGACACAAUGCUGUUCGCCUUGCCCUACCGCAUCCGCUCCUACCCGGCCCUGGGCAACAGUGGGCCCCUGCAGGAGGCCGAUGCAGUGCUGACCGUCAGUCUGGAGUCUGGCCCUGGAGACAAGGCCUUUGAAGCUGCCAGGGCUGGUGGAGAGCUGGCUGCCCACCUGGAGCCAGAACCCUCUCUUCCACAGGUGUCCCCACUCUUUGGAACCAUCUAUGAUGCUGUUGUCCUGCUGGCCCAUGCCCUGAACCGCUCUGAGGGCUAUGGGGCAGAACUCUCAGGGGCCCACUUAGGGGACCACACAGGGGAUUUGGAUGUGGCUGGUUUUAGCCAGAGGAUCCGGACAGAUGAGAAAGGCCGGAGGCUGGCUCAGUACGUCAUUUUGGACACAGAUGGUCAGGGAAACCAGCUGGUCCCCACUCACAUCCUGGACACAGGCAUGUGGCAAAUUUAGCCUCUGGGCAGGGCCAUACACUUUCCAGGAGGACCCCCUCCAGCACAUGACUCCAGCUGCUGGUUUGACCCCAAUACACUAUGCCUGAGAGGUGGCCAGCCCCCAGGCAGCCUCCUCGCUCUGGCCCUGGCUGGUGUCCUGGUGUUGGCCGGCGGGGCCCUCACUUGCCUCGUCAGACUGGGCCUCCAGCAGCUGCAGCUGGUGCGGGGCCCCCACCGGAUCCUGCUGACAGCCCAGGAGCUUACCUUCAUCCAUCGGGGCCCGAGCAGAAGGAGGCUGCACGCAGACAGUGCAAGUGAAUCAGGAAGUGUGGCAGAUGGUGGGAGCCUGAGGUCGGCAGCUGAGGGGCCAGCAAGGAGACUCCCAGCCUCCCAGGAGCCCACCAACAUGGCUCUGUACCAGGGAGAGUGGGUGUGGCUGAAGAAGUUUGAAGCUGGCACAGUCCCUGAGCUGCGGCCGAGCUGCCUCAGCCUCCUUAGAAAGAUGCGGGAGCUGCAGCACGAGAUCGCCAGCUUCCUGGGCUUCUUCGUGGCCCCUGGGGUCAGUGCUCUGGUGUUGGAGCACUGUGCCCGGGGCAGCCUGGAAGACCUGCUGUGGAAUGAGACUCUGCGGCUGGACUGGACCUUCAAGGCCUCCCUGCUGCUGGAUUUGAUCUGUGGGGUGUGGUAUCUGCACCACCGGCAUUUCCCUCAUGGCUGCCUCAAGCCCUGAAACUGUGUGCUGGAUGGACGCUUUGUGCUAAAGGUCACUGACUACGGUUACGCCAAGCUCCGGGACACUCAGCGGGCUCCGCGCCCCCGAUCAGCCCCAGAGGAGUUGCUGUGGACGGCUCCAGAGCUGCUGCGGGGAGCUGGGGCACCCGGGCGGGGCACACUCAAAGGGGACAUCUUCAGUAUUGGCGUCAUCCUGCAGGAGGUGCUGACUCGGGGCCCACCUUAUGGCUCCUUAGGGCUCUCAGCGGAAGAAAUCAUCAGGAAGCUGGUGUCUCCCCCUCCCCUGUGCUGGCCACUGGUGUCUCCUGACCACGGGCCACCUGAGUGCAUCCAGCUGAUGGAGCAGUGCUGGGAGGAGGAUCCAGAGGACAGACCCAACCUGGACCAGAUCUACACCCAGUUCAAAAGCAUCAACCAAGGCAAGAAAACCAGUGUUGCUGACUCUAUAUUUAGGAUGCUGGGGAAGUAUUCCCAGAACCUGGAGGACUUGAUCCAGGAGUGGACUGAGGAACUGGAGCUGGAGAGACAGAAAACUGAAAGGCUGCUCUCUCAGAUGCUUCCUCCGUCCGUGGCUGAAGCUCUGAAAAUGGGGGUGACUGUGGAGCCAGAGUACUUUGACCAGGUUACCAUCUACUUCAGUGACAUUGUGGGUUUUACCACCAUCUCCACCCUGAGUGAGCCCAUCGAGGUGGUGGGCUUGCUCAACGAUCUCUACACACUGUUUGAUGCUGUUCUGGGCAGCCAUGAUGUGUACAAGGUGGAGACCAUCGGGGAUGCCUACAUGGUAGCAUCUGGGCUGCCCUGGCGCAAUGGGAACCGGCAUGCAGCUGAGAUCGCCAACGUGGCCCUGGACAUCCUCAGCUCUAUGGGCAAUUUUGGGAUAAGGCAUGCGCCCACUGUGCCCAUUCGCAUCAGGGCUGGGCUGCACUCAGGGCCUUGUGAGGCAGGGGUCAUGGGUCUCACCAUGCCUCGGUACGGCCUCUCUGGGGACACUGUUAACACCUCAUCCCGGAUGGAGUCUACAGGUCUGCCGUACAGAACUCAUGUCCGCAGCAGCACUGUCCAGGCACCGCUCAGCCUGGAUGAAGGCUACAAAAUUGACAUCAGAGGCCAGACUGAGCUAAAGGGGAAGGGCAUCGAGGAGACCUACUGGCUGGUGGGGAAGGCGGGCUUCCCCAGAGCCCUCCCCACACCUUUGGACAUCAAACCAGGGGACCCCUGGCAAGACCUCAUAAACCAAGAAAUCAAGGUGGCCUUUGCCAAAGCCCGCCAGAGCAUAGCCGGGCCCUGGAGCUCGGGGAAGGCCUCGGCCAGGCCAUGA